UGUUACUCUCCUAAGUUGGGUCCUCGGUCGAGUUGCCGGGGAGAGAGAGAGAGAGAGAGAGAGAGAGCUUGGCAGCUGGCACGAACCAGAGAGCGAGAGAAGCAUGAGCUGUGUUGAUAGGACAUUUGAAUUUCCGUCAGGCUCUGGACGAGAGCCCAAUAGAAUUGUGCUCUACUUCUAUAGCUCUACCUCCUCUUCCAAGUUCCUCCUGUGGUAGCCUACCAUUCGGUCCAAGGGCUAGGGCCUACCGAAUGACCCAAUUAACCUACGGUUUGCUCGAUGCUCCUGCAUUCUUCGAAAGUUUCCAUUCCGGAGAUGGCAUUCCAAGACGGGAGAUAGACACGCCACGCCACGGCGGUAUGUAAAAAUAGCAGUGUGGAUCGGAGACGGAAUUGAACCCCAUCUCUGGAUGGUUACGCUUACGAAGAUUGCAACCUCGUCUUCGGAUAAUGUUGAUAAUUCACGACCUCCCCGGGUCACACUGCAGGAUGAAAUGGAUAACCAUGGGGUUACACAAUGUGAAAAUGGCCUCGGGAAGAUGAACUAUAAUCUCACCCAGGAACUCUGUACCUUGCAGCAUGAUAGAUGUAGUGAACUGGGGGCGGAGACCAAACACUAGUAAGUUUGGCCCCUUACUCUCAGGAGAUAGUAUUAUUAUAUGCAUAUCAGGU